GGGUACACUUGUUGGUUCUACAUUCACUGACUCUGAAGUUAUUGUGUCUGAAACCAUUUUAACGUCAUAAUAGUCGUGAAUCUGCAGUUAUUGUGUUUGAAACCACUUUAACAUCAUAAUAGUCUAAUAAUCUACAGACAAGAUGAAGAAUCGCCGUUCAUGUGCUCGAAAGGCCAAGACCUGCACGACGCAACAAAGUGCAGUGCCUGCAUUAGAUGGCAGAACUAAAGGAGCCAAAAGGGAGGCCAGUCCUGAUGUGAACAGCAGCAGAAAAAGAAUUAGGGUGCAUAAAUCUGAACCCCAGACGGCCUCUGAGUAUAAUCUCUGCAAGAGAUUAUCAAAGAGGAAAGGCAGAGAAGAUGAAGAGGGACAAUCAAGUCAAAAGACCAACAAAAACUGUGACAAAGUGCCAAGGAGCAAGAAAACCAAGAAGCUGGACCCAAAAUCUGAGUUUGAGGCAAAAUAUGCACAGCACAAUGCACUUGGCGAAGGAGGCUUUGGAUUGGUGUUUGCUGGUUAUCGAAGAACAGAUAAUUUACCUGUAGCGAUCAAACACAUCCCAAAAGAUAAAGUAUCCUGCACUGAAGACUACAAAGGACAGAGGCUCGCAGCAGAGGUUGCAGUUAUGCUGAAACUUGGGAAUGGAAAAGAAGGAUCAGUUGGGACUUCAGCACCGGUAUCCCUACUCGAUUGGUAUAAUACGGACGAGGAGCUGAUCCUGGUGCUGGAGAGACCGGUCCCUUCAGAAGACCUCUUCGAAUACAUUAAUAACAAAGAAGACGACCUAGAUGAGAAGGAGGCCAAGAUCAUAAUAAAACAAUUGGUUGAGGCAGCAAAGCAUCUCGAGGAUAAUUCGAUCUUUCACCGGGACAUCAAGCCAGAAAACAUCCUGAUCGAGACCGGCUCAGAUGUUCCGCAGGUUCGACUCAUUGAUUUUGGGCUGAGCUGUUUCUUCAAGAAAGAGUCAUCUUUCAGUGUCUUCUGUGGUACCGCUGAGCACAUCCCUCCAGAGUGGUACACGACCUCUGUCUACAAGCCUGGCCCCACCACAGUGUGGCAGAUGGGUGUGGUCCUGUAUGAAAUCCUCCACGACUCAUUUGAUACCAUCAAGUUCUUCAAAGACGAGCUGGAUAUCAACGACAAGGUGUCCAGUGAUUGCAUGGAUUUCUUGGGAAAGUGUUUGGAUAAGGACCCUGAGCAGCGUCCCACUUUGGAGCAGCUCAGGCUUCACUCAUGGCUCAUUUAAACCAGCUUGGGUCACUUUGGGGAGAUACUAGUUUGCAUGUUCUCCCCAUGGGGGUUUUCUCCUGGUGCUCAGGUCCCCCCCCACAGAAAAUACUGAAACAAAAAAAAACUCACUGCACUGCUUGCUCCAUGCCACUUGAGACCAAGAAGUUCCUCUGAAACAAGCUGAGAAUCAACAACAAAUUGUCAGGAUUUCUUGUGAACGUGUUUGAAAGACCCCGAGCAACAACCCACCCUGGGGCAGCUCAAGCUUCUCCAAUGGCUCACAUAUACUAUAGCUGGUCUUUAGUCUGAAAGUCAGAACAGACACUUGAAAUACAGGUGCUAAUUCUGCUCUUUCUAUUUCCAAAUGGAAACACGGAAACACAUGGGCAUGACGCUGCUGCUGAUGCUGAUGAUGCUGCUGAUGCUGCUGCUGAUGCUGAUGCUGAUGAUGCUGCUGAUGCUGAUGUUGCUGAUGCUGAUGAUGCUGCUGA